UUCGAUCGUUUACCCGUUCUCUCUUUCGAAACGAAACGAAAAACAUUUGCAAGGCUAAUGACAUUUGCCCCAAGCCUUUGGGGUUUCGCUUGCUUUUGCGUUUUAGUGGCAGUCUGAAGCGAAGUUCGGCCGACGAGAGAUGACGCUGAUCCUACUGGCCGCCCUCUCCACCAUCUACACCGGGAUGUUCAACUACGUGAAGGCGAAGUUCCCGUUCGUGAUCGAGGCCGCCAUGGUGACCCUGUGCUUCGGCUCCAUUGUGGGCCGAUUCUGCAUACUGGCCUAGGCGAACACUCAAACUCAGAAGACUGGGGACUGCGUGAAUCGAAGGAGCUUUAUAUUUAUAUGGAUGUGUGUCUGUCUUGUGGCUUUAUGUGAAUACAAACUAGUGGCUUAAACCUAAA